GCGCGCGCCCGGCAAGAAAAACCCUAGCGCGAGGCCCCCCGCGCGCGCGCGCGCGUUCGAAAGGAAAAAAAAAAGUCCUCCCCGCGGGGGCCCGCGGCAAUUUAGGCCGGAGUUGGCCGGCGUGCGCGCGUGCGCGAGCGCGCAUAGACGCCCUUCUCCACAGCUUCCCUCGGUUGGGGGUCUAGCUCGCUGCUCCGCUAUUCCCGCCUCUCCCGAGGCUCGCGCCCUCGGGGUAAGUAUCUCGCGCUUUGCGGAGAGGGAGGAAGAGGGUCCACUGAAGGAAGGGAGGAGGCGGACAGGGCUUGGAAAAAGGGAAAAACCGCCCUCACCAAGCGAGGAGCGCGGUCAACGGGCUGGAGUCUGCAGAAGACACGCCUCCAUCCCUCACGCCCCUCGGGGCUGCGGAAGUACUCUGGAGACUCCAGAGGCACGGAGGCGACAGGUGGACUACCAUUCCCAGAAGGCGGCGCGGCCCCGCGCCUACAGCUCCCGGCAGGACCUGCGCACCAGGCCUUUUUCAGCUUGCUGCCGCCUAGGGCGAAACUACAGUUCCCAGGAGGCGGCGCGCGAAGCGGCUUGGAAGUGGGCAGCCUGGAAGUCACUCGGGCCACAGGAGCUGGCGGCGUCUCCAGCAAGCGGCGCGGAUCUGGAUACCGUGGUCGUGGGGCCCGCUGGGCGGGCAGCCGGGACGCCCAGAUGCACAGUCUUUGACCUCGGCUGUCCUGGGACCCUCAAGGAGCACUAGUGUCCAGAACAUACUAAGCAUGGCAGGGAAGGCACCCCUGCAGCCUGCCAGCCCUCGCGCACACCUGCCGCUUGCUCUGCCCUGCUGAGCCACUCAGUCUGGAGGCCCCGGGACAGCGCCUGCCUCGUGAGGUUGUCCUGGCUCAGUUGUCCACAGCGAUGGUGGAGAACUGGACUCCACAGGCUCACAACCUUCCCGACAGGCUUCAGGGGCCAGAAUCCUUCAUCCUGGGACUGGUGGCCCUGAACAAUGGCUGAGGGCCAGGGGACCCCAUAAAGUUAGUCUACAGCUUUCAGGGGCCAGUAGCACUCCAGUGCCCGUGGACUAUGACCACCUAUCGGCCCAUUCCCAAUGAUGGUGUGGACCUGGCCGUCAGCUGUGGGACCAGGGCAGCCGAUGUCCUCCCCGGCCCGCACACAGGGGACUACGCUCCCAUGGGAUUCUGGGUCCAGAACGGCAGCAUGCCCCAGCCAGUGGGUGAGAGCCCGGCCAGUGCCACCACCCGCCCCAGUCCCACCACCCCCGCGGUGCCCAAGAUGGGUGUGCGGGCAAGAGUGGCCGACUGGCCGCCCAAGCGGGAGGCCCUGAGAGAACAGAACAACCCCAGCCCCUCACAGGACACAGAUGGCACAAAGGCCACAAAGGUGGCCCAUUCCAUGAGAAGUGUACAGAACGGACAGCCCCCCGCCAGCACCCCGGCUUCCUCAGGGUCCAAAGCCUUGCACCGACUCUCCAGGAGAAGGUCUAAGGAUGUGGAGUUCCAGGACGGGUGGCCCCGGUCCCCCGGCAGGGCCUUCCUCCCGCUGCGGCAUCGCAGCAGCAGCGAGAUCACCCUCAGCGAGUGCGACCUGGAGGACGCGGCGGAGCCCCGGGGCGCCCGGCACACGGGGGCGCUGCCGCUCUUCCGCGAGUAUGGGAGCACGUCCUCCAUCGACGUGCAGGGCGUGCCCGAGCAGAGCUUCUUCGACAUCCUCAACGAGUUCCGCAGCGAGCAGCCCGAGGCCCGGGGUGCCCCGAGCCUCACUGAGCUCCUGCGUGCCGAUCCCGGCCGACACGUCACAAGGGGCGGCAGUGGAACCAAGGGGGACGCCCGCAACGGACAGUCCGCCAAGGACGGCCUGUUGCCACUGCAGCCCAUGAAGGAGAAGGAGAAGGCCCGGAAGAAGCCCACACGGGGCUUGGGCGGCGGGGAUGCGGUGGACUCGUCCAUCUUCAGGAAGCUGCGGAGCAGUAAAGCCGAGGGCGAAGCGGCCCGGUGCCCCGGGGAGGCCGAGGACGGCCGGAGCCCCCCGGAGGCCAGCAGGCCGUGGGUCUGCCAGAAGAGCUUCGCCCAUUUCGAUGUGCAGAGUAUGCUGUUCGACCUCAACGAGGCGGCCGCCAACCGGGCGUCCACGGCCCAGCGGCGGAACACGACCACCGGGGCUUCGGCCGCCUCGGCCAUGGCGUCCCUCACGGCGUCGCGGGCCCACAGCCUCGGCGGCCUGGACCCCGCCUUCACCAGCACGGAGGACUUGAACUGCAAGGAGAACCUGGAGCAGGACCUCGGCGACGACAACAGCAACGACCUGCUACUCAGCUGCCCGCACUUCCGCAACGAGAUCGGCGGUGAGUGCGAGCGCAACGUGAGCUUCUCCUGGGCGGCCGCAGGCUCCACAGGCAGCGGUGGGGGCGGCGGAGAGGGCCGCCCGCCGGAGCCCGCCCUGAGUGCCUACCGCACCAACGCCAGCAUCUCGGUGCUGGAGGUGCCCAAGGAACAGCAGAGGACGCAGAGUCGCCCACGGCAGUACAGCAUCGAGCACGUGGACCUGGGCGCCCGCUACUACCAGGACUACUUCGUGGGCAAAGAGCAUGCCAAUUACUUUGGCGUGGACGAGAAGCUGGGACCAGUGGCCGUGAGCAUCAAACGGGAGAAGCUGGAGGACCACAAGGACCACGGGCCUCAGUACCAGUACAGGAUCAUCUUCCGGACCCGCGAGCUCACCACCCUGCGUGGCUCCAUCCUGGAGGACGCCACACCCACAGCUAUGAAGCAUGGGACAGGGCGGGGCCUGCCCCUGAAGGACGCCCUGGAGUAUGUCAUCCCCGAGCUCAACAUCCACUGCCUGCGGCUGGCUCUCAACACUCCCAAGGUGACGGAGCAGCUGCUGAAGCUCGACGAGCAAGGGCUCUGCCGGAAACACAAAGUGGGCAUCCUCUACUGCAAGGCCGGCCAGAGCUCGGAGGAGGAGAUGUACAACAACGAGGAGGCCGGGCCGGCCUUUGAGGAGUUCCUAUCCCUCAUCGGAGAGAAGGUCUGCCUGAAGGGCUUCACCAAGUACGCCGCCCAGCUGGACGUCAAGACUGACUCCACGGGAACCCACUCCCUCUACACGACGUACCAGGACUAUGAGAUCAUGUUCCACGUCUCCACCCUGCUCCCUUACACCCCCAACAACAGGCAGCAGCUACUGAGGAAGAGGCACAUAGGAAACGACAUCGUGACGAUCAUCUUCCAGGAGCCCGGGGCGCUGCCUUUCACCCCCAAGAACAUCCGCUCCCACUUUCAGCACGUCUUCAUCAUUGUCCGAGUCCACAAGCCCUGCACUGAUAGCGUCUGCUACAGUAUGGCUGUGACCCGAUCCAAAGACGCUCCUCCUUUUGGACCCCCCAUCCCCAGUGGAACCACAUUCCGCAAAUCUGAUGUCUUCAGAGACUUCUUGCUGGCCAAGGUGAUUAAUGCUGAGAAUGCUGCGCACAAGUCUGACAAGUUCCACACCAUGGCCACCAGGACCCGCCAGGAGUACCUCAAGGACCUGGCUGAAAACUGUGUCUCCAACACACCCAUUGACUCCACCGGCAAGUUCAACCUCAUCUCCCUGACCUCCAAGAAGAAGGAGAAGACAAAAGCCCGGGCAGGUGCUGAGCAACACAGCGCCGGGGCCAUUGCCUGGAGGGUGGCGGCUGAGGACUUCGCCCAGGGGGUAGAAAUCGACUGCAUUUUGGGAAUUUCCAACGAGUUUGUGGUGCUCCUGGAUCUACGCACCAAGGAGGUGGUGUUCAACUGCUACUGCGGGGAUGUCAUCGGCUGGACCCCAGACUCCUCGAUGCUCAAAAUCUUCUACGGGCGAGGGGACCACAUCUUCCUAAAGGCCUCUGAGGGUUCUGUGGAGGACAUAAGGGAAAUUGUCCAGAGGCUGAAGGUGAUGACCAGUGGCUGGGAGACGGUGGACAUGACCCUGCGGCGGAACGGGCUUGGGCAGCUGGGCUUCCACGUGAAGUACGACGGGACCGUGGCCGAGGUGGAGGACUACGGGUUUGCCUGGCAGGCCGGGCUCCGGCAGGGCAGCCGCCUGGUGGAGAUCUGCAAGGUGGCCGUGGUCACACUGACCCACGACCAGAUGAUCGACCUGCUGCGCACCUCCGUCACCGUCAAGGUGGUCAUCAUCCCGCCUUUCGACGACGGCACGCCCCGGAGGGGGUGGCCAGAGACCUACGACAUGAAUACCUCGGAGCCCAAGACGGACCUGGAGAGCCUGGUCGCGGGGGGCCGGCCCCCCUACCGCAGCAACGCUCCCUGGCAAUGGAGCGGACCCGCGUCCCACAACUCUCUCCCAGCCUCCAAGUGGGCCACUCCCACCGCCCCCGGGCACGCCCAGUCCCUGAGCCGGCCCCCGAAGCAGACCCCCAUGGUCCCCUUCCGGGAGUCCCAGCCCCUGCACAGCAAGAGGCCCGUCAGCUUCCCAGAAACCCCUUACACAGCAUCACCAGCAGGGGUCGACAAAGUCCCUCCCUACCGACAGCCUUCUGGGAGCUUCUCCACCCCCGGCUCAGCCACCUACGCAAGAUACAAGCCAUCCCCAGAAAGACUGUUCCACGGAGCUAUACGCAUGAUCUCAACGAGUGCUUCCAGCAAUUCCAUGAGGUACACAGCCGCCCCACACCCACUGCUGUCUUUUGAUCCCCACUUCAGCCACGAUGGGACGUCCAGCGGCGAGUCCUCCUCAGGCGGCCUGACCAGCCAGGAGAGCACCAUGGAGCGCCAGAAGCCAGAGCCUUUGUGGCAUGUGCCCGCCCAGGCCCGGCUCUCGGCCAUGGCUGGAAGCAGCGGGAGCAAGCACACCUCCAGGCAGGACACAGCAGGCAAAGAUUCCCCCAACAGGCAUUCCAAGGGAGAGCCUCAGUACUCCAGUCAUUCCAGCAGCAAUACCCUCUCCAGCAACGCAUCCAGCAGCCACAGCGACGAUCGCUGGUUCGAUCCCCUGGACCCACUGGAGCCGGAGCAAGACCCUCUCUCCAAGGGCGGCUCCAGUGACAGUGGCAUUGACACCACCCUCUACACCUCUAGCCCCAGCUGCUUGUCCCUGGCCAAGACGUCUCGGCCAGCCAAGCCACACAAGCCCCCGGGAAGUAUGGGCCUCUGUGGAGGCGGGCACGAGGCUGCCGGGCGGUCCCACCAUACAGACCGGCGUCGGGAGGUCUCGCCCGCCCCUGGGGUCACUGGCCAGAACAAGGGCUACCGACAGAAGCUGUACUCCUCCGGCUCCAGCACCCCUACAGGCCUGGCUGGGGGCAGCCGCGACCCACCGAGGCAGUCCAGCGACAUGAGCUCGAGGGCCGGCUUCCCCACUCAGGUUCACAAGACGGUCAGCGCAGAGACCCCGCGGCCCUCACAGCUGGCCCAGCCCAGCACCUUCCAGCUCUCCGCCUCCGUCCCCAAGUCCUUCUUCUCCAAGCAGCCCGUGCGCAACAAGCACCCAACGGGGUGGAAGAGAACAGACGAGCCCCCGCCACGGCCGCUGCCCUUCACUGACCCAAAGAAGCAGGUGGACAGCAACACCAAAAACGUCUUUGGGCAGCCGCGGUUGAGGGCCUCCCUCCGAGACCUCCGCUCUCCCCGGAAGAACUACAAGUCCACCAUCGAGGACGACCUGAAGAAACUCAUCAUCAUGGACAACCUGGCACCCGAGCAGGAGAGAGACGCUAGACAGUCGCCACAGAAGAGCCUGCAGCGGACGCUGUCGGACGAGAGCCUGUGCAGUGGGCGUCGGGAGCCCAGCUUUGCCAACCCUGCCGGCCUGGAGCCGGGCCUGCCCAGCGACGUGCUCUUCACCAGCACCUGCGCCUUCCCCUCCAGCACGCUGCCCGCCCGCCGCCAGCACCAGCACGCCCACCCACCCGGCGGCCCCAGCACCGUCCCUGCCACCGGCAACGGCUUCCCAGAGAAGAAAUCCACCAUCUCAGCCUCCGAGCUCUCACUGGCCGAUGGGCGGGACCGGCCCCUGCGGCGCCUGGACCCAGGGAUGAUGCCACUGCCUGACACGGCUGCUGGCCUGGAGUGGUCCAGCCUCGUAAACGCAGCCAAGGCAUACGAAGUGCAAAGAGCCGUCUCGCUCUUCUCUCUCAACGACCCAGCUCUGAGCCCGGACAUCCCGCCAGCACACAGUCCUGUCCACAGCCACCUGAGCCUGGAGAGGGGGCCCCCGACCCCCAGGACUACCCCUACCAUGAGUGAGGAGCCACCCCUGGAUCUGACAGGCAAGGUGUACCAACUGGAAGUGAUGCUGAAACAGCUGCACACGGACCUCCAGAAGGAGAAGCAGGACAAGGCGGUGCUGCAGUCGGAGGUGGCCAGCCUGAGGCAGAACAACCAGCGGUUGCAGGAGGAGUCCCAGGCCGCCAGCGAGCAGCUACGCAAGUUCGCCGAGAUCUUCUGCAGGGAAAAGAAGGAACUCUGAGGUGGAGAGGCUGCCACCUCCCCGCCUCCACCUGGGCAGACCAGGGGCUCCUGCUCUCCUCUCCUUCAGCCCGGCUUCUGGUUGCAGGUGUGACCCAGCUAUGCAGCCAGGGCCCCACUGCCCUCCCGUGGACACGGACGCUCCAGGUGGCAGUGGGACCUGAGGGAGGCCUCACGGGGCUGUGAGCUGGGGUCCACUCCUGGCCCUCGAGCCCCAGAGGGCGACGUGGUCUCCGGCCUCCCUCUGAGCUGCCAUCUGAGGUUCCUGGGGGCUGGGCCACGCCCACAUUGCCCCCAGGGUCCCAUCCUGCCAUCCGCAUCCAGCCUCUUCCUAGGACCAAGCCAUUGGAAGCUGUAGGAAGGGGGUGGAGGGCAGGAGUGAGUCUCCAAACCCCACAGCUCCAGGAAUCCCCCAACUGGGUUUCUUCACCACGUACAGCAGCAUCUGGGCUUAUGGGGCCAAGACCCCUGCCUGAGAAAUCACGGCGGGAAACCAGCCCACUCUCCCCUCACACCCGGAGAGGUGCGGGCCGGCGUGGAAGCGGGCCAGGGUUCUUGGUCCCUGGUGCACUGGCUCCAGAAAGCAUGGACAUUGCCCCCUCCCUACCCUGUCCUCCAAAAAGCAACCAGGAGCACUUUCUCAGAGUUUCAUUUAUUGUCUUGGGGGGCCCCAGGGUGGAGCAAGGAAACCCCAGCAUCCAGAGUUAACUUCUUUGAGGGGGAAGGUAUUUGCACGCUCGGGACCAUUUCUCCAGUCUUUGUCUACCAGUCCCUUGACUGCCAGAGGCCACGGCACCUGGGCCCCUCCGCCUGUGAGCUGCUGACCCGGCCAGGCCCAGCGGCGGAGCCGGCACAGCCCCACCCCUCGCCCUCCCCAGCUCCGUCAGCCCCGGCCCCUCCGGGGCACCAGGAGGGGCUCCAUGGAGCCGUCAGGUCCGGGCGGAGGGAGGCAGCCUCCCUCUCCUCUCCGCUUUUGUUUCCCUUUGCAAAGCCCCUCGGCCCAUCUCGUAGGCCCCGCAGUAGCAGCAGCAACAUCGGACACCUGUCACUGUGCUCCCCGGGGAGCGCCUUGCUGUGCGAACCCCACAAGACGCUGGUUCUCUCGAGGCAAUAAGGGGCAGCUGGCCAGGCAGCCAGGCCGGUGUGGUACUACGCUGUUCACCCAGGAAACAGUUUCUUUUUUUCCUUUAAAAACAAACAAACAAAAAAUAUAUAUAUAUAUAUUUAUUUUUUCAUGUGGAGUUGCGCCAGAACAAGUCUGUACGGCCACAGUCUGUGGUUUCCCCCAACCUCAAGCUGAGGAUCGAGGCGCGUCCCCCGUGGGCUGGGGACGAAGGCAGGGUGGGCAGGCAGGCCGGGGGGCCCAGCUGAGAGCAGCACGCUCCGGCCGGGGGCCAGCACCGGGCGGUCCAGUCCCGUCUGGAGACCCCGCCGCCUCCUCUCUGGGGCCAGAAACCUCAGGGAAGGAGGCUCUGGGGACCGACCACACAGGACACAGACGUUGAAGGAGCAAGAGAAAAGGACCCUCGUCGUGCCUCCCUGCCAACAACCUCUGGCCCUUCGGCAGCACUGCAGUCCCGCGAGAAAGGCCCUCAGGUCUGCCAUCUCCUCUCCCUCACCUGUGGUUUGCGAGGGGGGCCUGCCGGGUCCUCAGCCCUGGCCAGCUACUGUGAUGUCUCUGCCCCUCUUCCCGGGUCCCUUUUGGGGAGGGUUCUCCAGGACCACUUACCACCCCACCCUUUCCUCAGACCCUAACCUGGGGCUCACCCCUCCCCUCCCCGUUUUUGUUUGUUUGUUUGUUUAAGUUGUCUCCUCAUAUCUUCAGAUCAUUUGAAUCAUUUUGGGGACCUAAUCGUGUACAUCGACAAGUGUAAAUUAUGAUUUUGGGUUUUGUUGUCUGUUAUUUCUAAAGGAUCUCUGCAAAGCACAUUUAAUUUGAGUUUGGUGUUCUAUCUGAUGGCUGAAGAUAGCAGCAGGAUUUUUUUUAUAUAUAUAUGUUGAUUUGUUUCAUUUGGAUUUUUUUAUUCUUUAUUAUUAUCUCCCCCCACCCCCCAGCCCCAUCCCUGUCUUGAGAUUUUCUGGCAUGUUUCUGGAGGUUUUAAAGGAAAUAAAUGUUUCAUAGAA